AUGGGAAAGAAGCGGACUGCUUCCGAAUCGCGCCACGGCGCCGAAAAGCCCUUCCAGAAGCACGAAAAGGGCCAAAAUCAGUCCAAAGACAACCACCAUGGCGGCCGCGGCUCCAAGUCUGCGCCGUCCGGCCAGAAGAGCUCUCUGACUUUCCAGCCUCGCCCCGACUGGCAUGCCGCUGAGCUUCCCGCCAUUUCGAUUCCAGACGAGUUCGUCCCUGCGCCUCGCUAUGUUCUCGACGAUGUCUACCAGUAUGCCGAGUCCCUCCUCGAGUCUGAGAACAAGACAUACGCCGACAGCAACAUGUCUGCCGACUCGUCGCAUAAGUUCUUGUCCACCAUCAUGGCUUCGGGUACUUUGGAGGAUAAAGUUUCGGCCUUAACGCUGUUGAUUCAGGAAUCGCCGCUGCACACCAUGAAGGCCUUUGAGAAUUUGUUAGGACUGGCUAGGAAGAAGAGCAGGAACCAAGCACUUCUCGCGCUGGGCGCGCUCAAGGAUUUGCUAGGCCAGGGUGUGGUGCUGCCGCCUGAUAGGAAGUUGCGCUCCUUCGUCAAGCAACCCGCUGUGCUUGCUGGGUUCUCUGGAGCCAACGCAAACUGGAAGAAGGGACAGCGCUUGCCUCCUGGAAUUGAGAAUGUCCACUUGAUUUCCUGGGCGUAUGAGGAUUGGCUCAAGCGCACUUACUUCGAGAUGCUAAGGAUUCUCGAGGGCUGGUGCAACGAUGAGGUCGAAUACUCGAGGAGUCGCGCCAUCACCUUCGUCUACGAGCUGCUGAAGGAGAAGCCUGAGCAGGAGGAAAACUUGUUGAGGCUGCUCAUCAACAAGCUGGGAGACAACGAGAAGAAGAUCGCUUCUCGUGCCUCGUACCUUCUCCUCCAGCUUCAGAACUCGCACCCGGUUAUGAAGGGUAUCAUCAUUGGCGCCAUCGAAUCCGAGUGCCUUUUCCGCCCGAACCAAAGCCCCCACGCCAAGUACUACGCCAUCAUCACUCUGAACCAGACAAUUUUGAGCGCGAAGGAGCCAGAGGUUGCGAAUAAGCUGCUGGAAAUCUACUUUGCGCUCUUCUUGAGUCUGCUGAAGAAGGGACCCAAGUCGGAAGCGAAGGACGAUAAGAAGGCGCAGGGAGGUGGUGGUCAGGCCGGCAAGAAGGCAAAACAGAAGGCCAAGGCAAAGGAGAAGGAGCAGGAAAAGGCUGCAAAUGCGGAAUCAGAGCUGAACGAAAAGCUCAUCGCCGGUGUCUUGACCGGUGUAAACCGUGCCUUCCCCUACGCCAAGACCGACGAUGUUGCUUUCGAGAAGCAGCUCGACACCGUCUUCCGCGUCACCCACUCCUCAAACUUCAACACCGCUAUCCAAGCCUUGCUGUUGAUUCAGCAAAUCUCGGCCACUAAGCACUACUCGACCGACAGGUUCUACCGGACGCUAUACGAAUCACUACUGGAUCCCCGCCUCCUGCACUCCUCGAAACAAGUCAUGUACCUUAACCUCCUGUACAGAUCAUUGAAGGCCGACGUCAGCAUCAAGCGCGUCAAGGCUUUCGUCAAGCGUUUGCUGCAGGUCAUCACUCUCCACGAGCCGCCCUUCGUCUGCGGUGUGCUCUACCUAAUCUACGAACUCACCAAAACGUUCCCCAGCAUCAAGACGAUGCUCGAGACACCCGAGCUCGACGACGACGACGAAGAAGAGCACUUCGUCGACGCUCCCGAAGAAGCCGACGACACCACCGCCGCCGCCGCCGCCGCCGCCGCCCCCGAACCCAAGCCCUCGACCACCACCACCGGCCCGCGCUAUGACGGCCGCAAGCGCGACCCGGACCACGCGCACGCCGACCUCAGCUGCCUGUGGGACCUGACGCCGCUGCGCCUGCACUUCCACCCCAGCGUGUCGCUCUUCGCGUCACGGCUGCUGUACGGCGCCACCGACAUGCCGCCCAAGCCCGACCCGACGCUGCACACGCUCAUGCACUUCCUCGACCGCUUCGCGUACCGCAACGCGCGCCAGAAAGGUACCGCGGCAGGCGGCGCUACAAAGGGUGUCUCCAUCAUGCAGCCGAUGGCGGGCAGCGCGACCAAGGCAGACCUGCUCGUCCGCGCGGGCGGCGACGCGGCGAAGUUGGAGGCCCCGCUCAACUCGGAGGCGUUUUGGCGGAAGAAGGUCGAGGAUGUGGCCGCGGAUGAGGUGUUCUUCCACCAGUACUUUGAGAAGAGCGGUGUUGCGGCGCAGAAGAAGGGGAGGAGGCAGGGAAGGAAGGCCGCGGAGGAGGAUGAUGAGGAGGGUGCUGGAAGUGAUGCCGAGGAACAGGAGAUUUGGAAGGCGUUGGUCGGGAGUAGGCCGGAUGUGGCGGGUCCGGAUGAGGAGGAUGAUGAGGAUUUGGAGGAGUUGGAUGAGUUGAUGGAUGAUGAUGAUGAGAGCGAUGGGGAGGACGAGGAUGGUGGUGUCGUCAUUGCUGAUGCGCCGGAUGAUGAUGAGGAGGACGAGGAGGAAGAUGAUGACGAGGAGAUGGUCGAUGCGAAGGUGGAGACGAAGAAGGAGAAGAAGAAGUCGAAGGCGAAGGAUGAGGUCGAGGAGGAUGAGGGCAGCGAUGCUGGCUUCGACUUUGAUGAUGGCGAUGAGGGCGCUUUCAUCGGUAGCGACGAGGAACUGGAGCUGCCGAGCGAUUUCGACUGGGAGGACGCAGAGGAUGAUGAGGAAGAGGUGCAAGAAGAGAAGCCAAAGAAGGGUAAGAAGGGCAAGAAGGGUGAGAAGAAGGCGGCGGCAGUGGAGGAAGAAGCGGGCGAGGAAGAGGACAAGGACAAGAGAGGGAAGAAGAGGAGGAAGCUCAAGCACUUGCCUACCUUCGCGAGCGUGGAGGACUACGCCAAGUUGCUGGGUGAUGAUAGCGAUGGGUAUUAG